AUGGCGGGGGCUGUGGGCGAGGCGCGGGGCUUGGGCUGGACCUGGCGGCCGGUGGCGCGGGACCCGCUGCUGGCGCGGGCCUUCCAUUCAUGCACUGAACUGCAGGGACGGUUCUAUCUGGUGGGGGGGCUCCUAGCUGGAGGAGCGAGAGAGCCGAGCAGCGAAACGGUGGUCUUCGAUCCGGCUCGGGGCCAGGCCGUGCGGGCGGCAGCACGGGGCGGCCCGAGGCGCAGCCACCACGACGCGGCGCCGGUGGGCGGUCGCUGGCUCUGCGUGGUGGGCGGCUGGGACGGGUCGCGCCGCUCGGCCACUGUGACCGCUUUGGACACGGACCGCGGUGUGUGGGAGGAGUGGACCGCCGGCUCCGGCAGCUGCCCCCCCGCCGGCCUCAGUAGUCACACCUGUACCCGAAUCUCCGACCGAGAGCUGCGGGUAGCAGGCCGGGAGGGCGGGACCCGCACUCAGCGUCGUUACGGAAGCGUCUACACGUUAAGGCUGGACCCAGGCGCCCGCACCUAUUGCUAUAAGGAAGAAGGCUGCCACACUGUUUCACGCUCGGGUCACUGUGCUGCUUUGCUCCAAAGUCCUGGGCCCCACCCAGGUCACCAGCUAUUACUCUUUGGGGGCUGCAACUCAGCUGAACCAGAAGUAGCUGGGCAUUGGAGUCAUGGGAAGAUUAAGGAGGAACCACCUGUUGCCCCCCAUUUGAUGGAAAAGCUUUCAAGGCUCGUGAGCAGCAGGCAGGGGUCCCGGCAGGGGCCUCGAGGCCUGCGCCAUCACUCAUGUUCCGUGGUUGGUCCCUUUGCUGUCCUGUUCGGUGGAGAAACUUUGAACAGAGCCAGAGACACCAUCUGCAAUGACCUCUACAUCUAUGAUACCCGAAAGUCUCCUCCUCUGUGGUUCCACUUCCCCUGUGCCGACCGUGGACUAAAACGCGUGGGUCAUCGCACCUGCCUUUGGAAUGAUCAGCUCUACCUGGUUGGGGGUUUUGGUGAGGAUGGCAGGACAGCUAGUCCACAGGUUUGCAUUCUAGACAUCUUUAUCUAA